CAUUGUCCUCUAUGCUUUGGUGGCCAGAGCUGGCAGAGCAAUAAUAGUGAACAUGGCUUUUCUGAUGUUGAUGCAAUUGUUUGCAUUGAUGCUUGUUUUACUCAGAAGCACAGAAGUGGGCAUCCAGAUGAUCCAGUAAACCCUACAGCUACAGUCUUUCUUUCACAAGAAGAUAUUUGUGCUAUGGAGCAUGAGGUUAAUGAGUUGUCAAAGUCAAAGUCUUCAACCCAAAGGAGGAGUGGACAGCCUUUGAAAAAGAAUUAUCUUGGUGAUGGGGAGGAUGAGUUUGAAGAGGGAAUGAGGAUAACAAUGUCAGUGCUGAAGGGUUGUAAUGAGUCCUUUACUGCAGCUGAUGAGAGGCACCAGAAAGCAAGUACCCAGUUCUUUUCAGAUACUGGUGUCAUGGCCCUAUUCUGU